AUGAAUACAACAAAAAAUAUCGCCGGUGAUUCGAAAAACCAAGCGCACGUUUCCAUUGACUCAUCUGGUGAAUCAUGUCGUGUCGGAGUACGGAUCCCACCGUUUUGGCCGCAGGAACCGGCAUUGUGGUUUGCACAAGCGGAAGGACAGUUCGCGUUGGCGAACAUCACAAGUGACGCAACAAAAUUUUAUUACGUCACCGCCCAACUUGACCACAUCUAUGCUGCCGAGGUAAAAGACAUAAUUAUCGCUCCACCUGAAAUAAACAAAUACGAGAAAUUAAAAACGGAAUUAACUAAGCGACUAUCCGCAUCACGUGAAAAGGAAGUGCAACAGCUUCUCAUGCACGAAGAGCUCGGUGAUCGUAAGCCUUCCCAGUUUUUACGUCAUCUACAACACCUGGCAGGACCAAACAUUCCAGAGGAUUUUUUGAAGACGAUAUGGACCAGCCGUUUGCCCAGCAGCAUACAGGCAGUCCUGGCUGCUCAGCCUUUAACUCCGCUUCAGACACUCGCCGAGGUGGCAGACAGGGUGAAUGAUAUAGUACCAGCAACACCUGUAGUCGCUAGUACUUCUGCUACCACACAGAAUACUAUCGACCAAAUGGCCAAAAUGAUAGCACAACUCACCAAGCAAGUCCACGCUUUAUCAACUCGAGACUCAAUACGAUCAAGGCCCACAUAUAGAAGAGAAAAAAGAAGCCGUAGCACUAGCAGAUCACAUUCUUCUCACAAGAAAUAUCCCAACUGUUGGUACCAUGCAAAAUUCGGCACAAAAGCGAAGAAAUGCAUGAAACCCUGCGAUUUCUAUUCGGGAAACGCUCCGGGCAGUCGGUAA